AUGCCUUCCCACGGUCAGUACACCACUGAGAAAGUCUCCUACCCCUCUCACGGAGAGACUGUCGCUGGAGUCCUCUUCCGCCCCACGAAUGUUUCCAAUCCACCGGGUAUCGUGGUUACCGGACCUUAUUCAUUUGUCAAAGAGCAAGCACCCUUCCAGUAUGCGACCCGGCUAGCUGACGAGGGCUACGCCGCUCUUAUCUUCGACCCGCGCACUGUGGGAGAAAGCACUGGCCAGCCUAGAAGACAGGAGAACCCUAAAAUGAAGAACGAGGAUAUUGUCGCGGGACUUAAUUAUCUUGUGUCACGGGGAGAUAUCAACAAAUCCAAGCUCUUCUUGGUGGGGGUCUGCCAGGGUGGGCCGGAAUCACUAGAUGUCGCGUCCUACGAUGACCGGGUUAUCGGCGCGGCGUCAGUCACCGGGUACUUCCGUGACCACGAGACAGAUGUUUACAUGAUUUGUGCUGGAUGUGUUUCUGCCGAACCCGGAGCAGAUAUUUCUACUAUGAAAAUGCCUACGGCAGAACAGGGCGAAGCUCUCUAUCAGGCACGGCUCGAGCGAGCAAGGAAGGCCAAGGAGCUCUACGAGCACACCGGCGAGGUUGUAUACCAGCCCCUCGUGGAUCCUAAGGCCGCCGAUCCCAACAAGGGGUCCAAUGCUGGGCUCCCAGGACCAGUAGUCUGGCAGUGGUAUGGCCCAUGGACUCUGAGAAGCGAGUUUGAGAAUCGCUAUGCCAUUAUGAGUGAUGUGGAUCACUUUGACUACACGACUGUUCCUGGAGUGGCCAAGCUGACCAAGCCUGCGUUAAUUAUCCACGGUGAUAACUGCAUGAAUGCGGCAGCCGCAAAAAGACAUUUUGACUCGAUUCCUACCGAGAAGAAGAAGCUUAUCUGGAAUAACGAAGUUUCGCACUUCCAGCAUUAUGAUCAACCAGAUUGUGUGGAUCGCAAUGUUGGCGAUAUUGCGGCCUGGUUCGCUCAGAUCAAAUAA